AUGAAGAAGGCGUGGGAGAUGCAGUCAGUGCUCAUUCAGGAGGCGCGCGACGAACCGCGGUUGUGGCGGCCCACUUUCCCAUUUGACAUCUUCGACCGCAUCAUCACCUCUUCCCGGAGCCUGUCUCAGCACAUCACAUUGAUGGACCGAGCUCUGUACUGGGGUUGGAAGGAGGGCAGCCAACUCGCCCAAUACCUCAUCCAGCCGCUCCACGAGCACCUCGAGCAAAUCCACUCACAGGCACGCGCACCCUCUCUUCUCAUCGUCGUCGUCGUCAUCAUCGUCAUCGUUCCGCGAAAUGCGUAG